AUGUUGCUUGUCACCGUGAUUAGUAAAAUCACGUCAUUCUACAAGGCUGCUUCUAAUUCGUAUUUCGAUGCUGGCAGCAUGGGUAUGACCCAAAACAACUUAGGAAAUAAUGUGGGAGUUAGCUUUGGCGUGUAUCAGCUCAAUGGCGAGGAUGGAAAAUGGCUCGAGCUUGAAAUACUAGCCAGGGAGCUCCGUAAAUUGGAGGAGGUCUACUCCAGGUUCCGAGACGUGGUCUAUACUGACUAUUCCGAUAUCCCCGAAGUUACCAAGGCUAUGAUCGGUUAUCUCGGCCAAAACCUUGGCUCUACACUCGAAGUUAUCAGUCAUAGAAAGGGUGAUAUGCCCUUUAUUGCCUAA